AUGGCUCUCUUAAAUAAGUGGAGAUGGAGGAUUAUUCAAGGUGGUAGGUGUUUGUGGUAUGAGGUUUUGAAGGCCCGUUAUGGUGAUUUAAGUAUGCAUGUGGUUUAUUGUGUUGGAAAUGGGUUUUCUACACCGUUUUGGGAAGCUUGUGGGUUAAAUAAUGCUAGUUUGAUGGAGGUUUUUCCGGAUCUUUAUGUGGUGUCUUCGUUGAAAAAAGUGUCUGUAGCGGCUAUGGGUGGUUGGUGUGAGGGGGUAUGGAAGUGGGGUGAUCUCGGUAUCUCGGAGGGAGCAGUUUUGGAGCCGGGGUUAUUAGCUAAGCUUUUAGAUUUACGUGCUCUUUUAGAGUCUUUCAGAGGUUUACAUGAUGAGAAGGAUGUCGUGUCUUGGCAUCUUGAUUUGGAUAAUGGUUAUUCGGUUUCUUCGUGUUAUCACCAGUAUACUCUUUUGCGCACUCCUUUUGGUCCACACAAUAGGAAUGAUGAGGCUUUGGAAAAUGUGUGGAAGAUGGAGGUCCCUUUCAAGAUCAAAGCUUUUGUUUGGAGACUUUUUGUGAAUAGACUUCCCACUAAAGACUUUUUAGUGUAUAGAGGUAUUAACUUCACUUCUUCUAAUUUGAAUUGUAUUUUUUGUGAUAGGCAAUUGGAAAAUAGAGACCAUUUAUUCUUCAAUUGCGAUGUCAUUAAGGUUGUUUGGAAAGAAAUUGCUUUGUGGGUGGAUUUACCGGGUUGGAAUGGGGAAGAUUGUAUUCCGUUUUUUAUGGAAUGGUUUUCCAUGAGCCGCGUAAAAAAAAAACAAAGGUGGCAAAUUAGGGGUGUUUUGGCUAGCUACUUGUUGGAUCAUUUGGUUGACAAGGAAUGA